AUGUACAACGCCUUAGAUGAAAACGCUGUACUUGAAGGAGUUAAAAAGUUUGGACCUGCUCCUGGUGCUAGAAAAAUGAUGGACAAUGAAAUGCUUCAUGCUAUGGAAUCUAUUGAAUCAGGAACAUAUGUCACAUAUUGGUAUGAGAAAAAGAAAAUAGAAUGUGGUAGAAUAGGUAGCAAUUCUAAAUGUUUCUGCGGACAUCUAUUUAGUUGCCAUAAUGAUAAAUACUUUGGCAAAAAGUUUGAUGUUUCUUGCAAAAACUGUCCCUGUAAAGUUUUCAAGUUUGUUCCCACUCGUCCCGAAGAGUGUGGAAUGUAUUGGUUAGUGAGAAGAAAAGAUUUUAAUGUACAUAAAUGGAGAGCUCCAUGCAAAUGCAAUCACACUCAUGAAGAUCAUAUGCCUAAUUAUCCUUUAAGAUGUACCAAAUGCGGAAAUUGUGACAAUUUUAGGGCAUAUUUUGCAUGCAUUUCUUGUGAUGGAGCAUGGGAGGAUCAUGAAGUUCUUUAUGAAACUGAAAUGGAAAGAAAGCAAUUAGGAAAGAAAAUAAGAGACGAUUAUAAACCUCUUUCAACAAAUUCUGCUAUUUAAUAUGAAGUUUUUGAAAAUAAAAAUAGAUCUGUAGAUCCUAAUUUAGUUAGACCUCGUCCUAAACCAGGUGAGCAAGUCGAUAGAGUUCCAUUCAUGCCAAUGAUUCGUUUUAAGCCAGCUUAGAUGGUUACUGGACCUGAUGGUAAGGCAACAUUUUAGCCUCCUUCAUCAACAUUUUCAUUUAAUCCUGUUUAUGAUGAUAUCCCUGUCGGAUAAAAUAAUACAGGAUAAAACCAAAUCGUAAAGCCACCAUAAUCAAAUACAACUAUAUAGAAAAGUAAUAUGAGAGUUUAAAGCACAGGAAAGCCAGCUUUUACUGCUUAAUCAAAACCUCUAACUAAACCUGGUGUAACAAAUGUAGGUUCUACAAAACCAACAGUAUCAAAAACAAAUUAAAUCUCCAAGCCCUUAUAUAAAAAAUGA